GAAAGUUCCAUCGGAUUCUACGGAAGGUCGCCAUUUUUGAAGACGGCUGGACGGUCCGUUUUUCCGCUUUCUUUGUCCGUAUUUUUCCACACAGCCGCAAAAGUAUCGGCUUUAUAACUUGUAACUGUGAAAUAAAGAUGCGCCACUCAAAGCGAAUGCGCUCCCCUGGCAUCUGGCUCGAUGAGUACAGCUGGGAAGAGAGGAUGGAGUGUCGUAAGCGAAAGAGGCGAGAUUCACACAGCAGUGAAAGAGAAAACAAAUCUCGAAGAACUCACCGACACCACAAGACCUACGAGGGGCACUACCUAGAGACCCGUAAUCUGAACCAGAGACUGGACUCUCGAGAAAGGGACCAUAGCUGGGACAUGGCCUGUGACGAGGACAGCCAUGAAAGCAACUGCAAGGAGAGAGACCGCGAUUGGCACCACUACAGCAAGUCCUCUGCACGUAGCGGUCGCAGCAGGCGAAGCAGCCGUAGCCGUAGGCACCGUGAUAGAAGGCGCCAGCGGAGCCACUCUCGCCACAUGUCCUCUUCGAGGAGGAGCCAUCACCGCAGGAAAAGAUCCAGGAGUUUUGAGGAUGAUGACGAGGGUCACCUCAUCUAUCACAGUGGAGACAUGCUAAGAGCGAGAUAUGAGAUUGUGUGUACUCUAGGAGAGGGAGCCUUUGGGAGAGUCGCAGAGUGCAUUGAUCAUUCAAAUGAUGGGGCUCGAGUGGCUCUGAAGAUCAUUAAAAAUAUAGACCGCUACCGAGAGGCAGCUCUGUCUGAGGUAGAGGUCCUUAAACAGCUGAAUUCUCUCGACAAUGAUAGGCGAUACGCUUGUGUUCAUAUGCUGGACUGGUUUGACUUUAAUGGUCACAUUUGUAUUGCUUUUGAGCUGCUUGGGCUCAGCACAUACGAUUUCCUCAAGGAAAACAACUUCCAGCCUUUCCCCAUUGACCACAUAAGACACAUGGCCUACCAGAUUAUUCGAGCUGUACGAUUUCUGCAUAAGAACAAGCUGACGCACACAGACUUGAAGCCUGAGAAUAUUCUCUUCAUAGAGUCAGAGUAUGAUAUGGAGUACAAUCGUGAAAUGAAAAGAGAUGAACGAACGUUGAGGAAUCCAGAUGUGAAAAUUGUUGACUUUGGUAACGCCACAUAUGACCACGAGCAUCAUACCUCUGUGGUGUCAACACGUCACUACCGUGCUCCUGAAGUCAUUUUAGAUCUAGGGUGGGAUCAUUCCUGCGAUGUCUGGAGUGUAGGCUGCAUACUCAUUGAGUACUAUCUGGGAAAUACUCUUUUUCAGACACAUGACAGCAAAGAGCAUCUUGCUAUGAUGGAGCGAGUCCUGGGCCCCAUCCCUACAAACCUCCUGGAGAAAACAAAAAAACGGCGAUAUGUUCACCGGAACAAGCUGGAUUGGGAUGUACAUAGCUCUGCUGGGAGAUAUGUCAAGAAACACUGCAAACCCCUCAAGCAUUACAUGAUGUCAAAGCGCGAAGACCACCAGCAGCUUUUUGACCUGAUAGAGAAGAUGAUGGAGUAUGACCCAGCUAAGCGCCUCAGUCUCGAGCAAGCCCUCCGACACCCCUUCUUCGCAUUCUACCACAAGAGCAGGGGCAGCAGCAGCAGAAGCAGCCGCAGUAGCAGUAAUAAUAGCAACAGCAGCAAAAAAGACAGCUCCUGAACCUGUAGACCUCCGGCAUGUACUCUCAUUUAGAGCCUGGCUGUCUCAGGCCAGUCUCUACUUCCUGCCUCUCUGGGAGAGGUGUAGAUAAGCUGACUGUAUCAGUCCACUGCCCCGCUACGAUGUGUCCUGCCCUGAAAACUGUUUUGUCUCAUUUGUUAACCAAUCAUGUUUACAUAGUUGGCAUUUUUGAUGUAAUGAACCCACCAUAGUUGAUAUCUAUUUAUUUGCUGGUAAUUUAAAUUGUAUUUUCUGAACAUAUCCUGGAAGAACUAUUUUUCUUCUUUUUUUUUUUGAAGUCCAGAUUUUUCAGUGCUCUCUUUGCAAUGGGAUAUAGGUCAUUGAUGAAUGAACAGAUUGAGAAUCUCUUAAUCAUUCAGUGUCUUGAGUAAUUUCUUAAGGGUUAAUGUUUAAAAAAAUAAAAUAAAACACACAAACGAUUGGGGCAGAAAUUCCUUGUACAUAGUACUAAGCUUGUUUUUUAGUUUUUGUUUUUUCCCCACUGAAUGGUUAUGUAAAUUUUUGUGAAAUACAUUUUCAAUAAACAACAGAUCACAAACUCUA